AUGAGGGUGGCAGGUGCUGCAAAGUUGGUGGUGGCUGUGGCAGUAUUUUUACUGAUGUUUUAUGUUAUAUCUCAAGUAUUUGAAAUAAAAAUGGAUGCAAGUUUAGGACAUCUAUUUGCAAGAUCAGCAUUCGACACAGCUGCCCGUUCUACUAAGCCUCCAAGAUACAAGUGUGGCAUCUCAAAAGCUUGCCCUGAGAAGCAUUUUGCAUUUAAAAUGGCAAGUGGAGCAGCCAACGUGGUGGGUCCCAAAAUUUGUCUGGAAGACAACGUCUUAAUGAGUGGUGUUAAGAAUAACGUUGGACGAGGCAUCAAUGUUGCCUUGGUAAAUGGGAAAACAGGAGAAGCCUUAGACACUAAAUAUUUUGACAUGUGGGGAGGAGAUGUGGCACCAUUUAUUGAGUUCCUGAAGUCCAUACAAGAUGGAACAAUAGUCUUAAUGGGAACAUAUGAUGAUGGAGCAACCAAACUCAAUGACGAGGCGCGGCGGCUCAUUGCUGAAUUGGGGAGCACAUCUAUUACUAAUCUUGGUUUUAGAGAUAACUGGGUCUUCUGUGGUGGGAAAGGCAUUAAGACAAAAAGCCCUUUUGAACAGCACAUAAAGAACAAUAAGGAUACAAACAAAUACGAAGGCUGGCCAGAAGUUGUAGAAAUGGAAGGCUGUAUCCCCCAGAAGCAGGACUGA